GGGCUGCCAAGCUGGAACCGGUUUCAGUCCUUGCCGGUUUCUCACUCUCCCAGAGUGGAGCUCCUCAGUGAAUUGAGGACGUUGCAAUGCGCCUGCACUCUGCAGCCGGAGCCCCUUUGCGCUCCGUUGAGGCAUCACGAGGCGCCUUUUCCAGGGAGUGAGGUGGGAGCGUCCACUAAUUCGCGGGCGCCUGGAAAAGCCCAAAUUAAAGACGGGCCGUUUGGCCUUGGCACCAGCCCCCGAGUCGCAGAAGGACGGGGAAGGAGUCUGGAGCUGAGCGAAGCUUUUCUGGGGAGGACGGAGUGCUCCAGGACGAGUAGAGGAGGGAAGGAGGAGUGUCUUGUAAUUCAAGGCCAGCGGCGGAUCAUCCGGGCCUUUGUUGUUUUUGUUUGUUUGUUUGUGUGUGUGUGUGUGUGUGUGUGUGUGUGUGGUGGCUGUGAAAUGUGGGAAGAGGACAAGAUCCUGCUCGUAGGCAGCUGCGAUGCGGGUCUGACCAGCGCCGCGGCGCGGGGACAAGUACAGACCGUGCGGCAGCUCCUAGAGGCCGGUGCAGAUCCCAACGGAAUCAACUGCUUCGGAAGGCGCCCGAUCCAGGUCAUGAUGAUGGGCAGCACCCGCAUAGCAGAGCUGCUACUGCUCCACGGAGCGGACCCCAACUGCGCGGACCCCAUUACCCUCACCCGGCCCGUGCAUGACGCCGCUCGGGAGGGCUUCCUGGACACGCUGGUGGCCCUGCACCGAGCAGGGGCACGUCUGGAUGUGCGAGAUGCCUGGGGCCGCCUGCCGGUGGACCUGGCGGAGCAGCGGGGCCACCUAGACGUCGCCCAGUACCUGUGCGCCCAGCCGUGCACAAGGACUUGACUUUUCUCCCCAGUUCCCCAUCCCCGACUUAGCCCAAGGAAGGCUGCAAACUAGGAGCGGCGGAAAACCUGAAAGCCUUCCUGGGCAACUAGAUUCCUCGUGGGAAAGGAGGGGCAGGCCGGAAGUAAAUUAUUUUUUUCUUCCUGAAUCUAACCUUCGACACUCUCCGUGAAGCCAAACUCGAGAGGUGGGGCAAGAGGAUUUUCAAUGAGAUUUUGGAGUGUAAUGUUUAGUUCCCAGGUUUACUUUAAAGGGUUUUCUGGCCAAAA